AUGUCAGGCCCGCUCUGGAGGCUCGCUCCGCGGACUGAAGCGGCCAUGGAAGCCCCGGGGAGGAGGGUGGAUGUGACCGAGGAGAAGGCGGUGGUCAGCGGAGGAGAGGUCGCGGAGACCGGGCUGGAUGGAAACACUCCAGCGGGGAUGCCUCACGCUGGAGCCGGCCGCGCACACAGAGACGACGUCAUGCUGGACCUGGACAAACAUCUGCCUCAGCAGCUCACGGCAAGCUGCGUCCUCUCUGACCCCCGCACUGACCACACGCGCUUCAACGGCUUCUUGGAGUCUCCGGGCGGUGAGGAGGAGGAGGAGGUGGAGAAGGAGAUGAAGGAGAUGAAGGAGGAGGAGGAGGAGGAGGAGGAGGAGGAGGUGCAGGAGGUGCAGGAGGAGGUGGAAGAAGGACUGAGCACGGAUGCCUUUCGCUUCACAGACCCCUCGGACCCAGACUUGGACGAUAUAAUCGGGGAGAUCUGGGACACUCAUGUGGACGUGGACUCUUUCCCGCCUUUACCCAACGGAGACCUGGGCGACUGUGUGCAGACAGAAGUGGCGUGGAAGUCCUGCCACGUCGCCAAAAUUCCCAAUGGCGGUUUGCACAUUUUACAAACUGGUGAUUUAAGUCAAAGGGAUUUCCCGGCGUUGACAGAACUGACCUCCGAUCGCGGCGAUGCGUCUCUGGCCCCGGCGUCCUGCCCCACUCCGGACAGCGCCAUCUCUGAGGAGGACGAGGAUAUCAGCGAGCUCAGUCUGCCGCUGCGACCGCGGACACUGAGGACUAACCUGCCUCUGGGCGGGUCUCUGAGCUGCGACGCCACGCCGCUGUCCCCCGACGAGGAGGCGGCCGGAUUCUACUACGGCGAGGAAGGCUACGGCAGCGAGGACCUGCGCCACGCUCUGGAGGGGCGCAGGCAGAGCGCUCCUGAGCAGCUGCAGGAGCUCAGGGCACAGGGAGACGGACAGCAGCUGCUGCCAAAGAGGUUCGGGAUCGCCCACUUCUUCACCAGGACACUGUCUGUCUCCUCUUCAGGACACUGUCUGUCUCCUCUUCAGGACACUGUCUGUCUCCUCUUCAGGACACUGUCUGUCUCCUCUUCAGGACACUGUCUGUCUCCUUUUCAGGACACUGUCUGUCUCCUUUUCAGGACACUGUCUGUCUCCUCUUCAGGACACUGUCUGUCUCUUCAGGACACUGUCUGUCUCUUCAGGACACUGUCUGUCUCCUCUUCAGGACACUGUCUGUCUCCUUUUCAGGACACUGUCUGUCUCCUUUUCAGGACACUGUCUGUCUCCUCUUCAGGACACUGUCUGUCUCCUCUUCAGGACACUGUCUGUCUCCUCUUCAGGACACUGUCUGUCUCCUCUUCAGGACACUGUCUGUCUCCUCUUCAGGACACUGUCUGUCUCCUCUUCAGGACACUGUCUGUCUCCUCUUCAGGACACUGUCUGUCUCCUCUUCAGGACACUGUCUGUCUCCUCUUCAGGACACUGUCUGUCUCCUCUUCAGGACACUGUCUGUCUCCUCUUCAGGACACUGUCUGUCUCCUCUUCAGGACACUGUCUGUCUCCUUUUCAGGACACUGUCUGUCUCCUUUUCAGGACACUGUCUGUCUCCUCUUCAGGACACUGUCUGUCUCCUCUUCAGGACACUGUCUGUCUCUUCAGGACACUGUCUGUCUCCUUUUCAGGACACUGUCUGUCUCCUUUUCAGGACACUGUCUGUCUCCUCUUCAGGACACUGUCUGUCUCCUCUUCAGGACACUGUCUGUCUCCUCUUCAGGACACUGUCUGUCUCCUCUUCAGGACACUGUCUGUCUCCUCUUCAGGACACUGUCUGUCUCCUCUUCAGGACACUGUCUGUCUCCUCUUCAGGACACUGUCUGUCUCCUCUUCAGGACACUGUCUGUCUCCUUUUCAGGACACUGUCUGUCUCCUUUUCAGGACACUGUCUGUCUCCUCUUCAGGACACUGUCUGUCUCCUCUUCAGGACACUGUCUGUCUCCUCUUCAGGACACUGUCUGUCUCCUCUUCAGGACACUGUAA